CUGACGAGUACGCAUGCGCGACCGUGGCUAAAGCCACUGGAAUUCUGGGAAUUGUAGGCGAUUGUAAUGUAAAUGGUUAUUACUAUAAAUUUAUUCCGUUUACUUUUGUCUCAUUACUAGGGAGCGAUUAACAUGUGUACCCCUAAUUGCCAAAGUCAUUAAAAACUGCUGAUUUCCAAUUGGGGGGGAAAUUGUAACGAUAUAACAAAUUCACAUUGUUUUUCAGUAAAAUUGUUCAAUUUUAUCAGAAUGAAUUUGUGCCCAAUUUAAAGAGGUUUAAAAAUAUUGUGUUACAAAAAUGUAAAAUUCUGAUAUAAAAAAACGACAUACAAUCAGUGCCAGCUAAGAAUAUGAAUGUGUUUUUACGGUGAUUUCUUUUAAUAAACAUUUUUCCCAUUAGAAAGUAUUCAUAAAAGAUGGAAAUAGGAUUGUAAAUGUUAUUUUAUAAAAAGAUAAAAAAUAAAUUAUCUACCAGCUCCAGCUCCGCCCCGACGCGCAUAGCCUACAAGAUUAUCGAGCACUCCGACGUGACCAUUUAGAAAGGGCGUUUAUUUCGUUUCUUUUCUGUUCCGGUGUUACACUCCGGGUUACAUACGCUUCCUAGCAUUUCGAGACAAGCUGCUAUCCAGUUGAUCAAUGAGUAAUUAAAUCUCCCGCAUCAACUACAAAAGGCUGCAUGAGUGGGCCGUCGUUCACCUCACCCCCCGCCGAGGCGGCGGAGAUCAACCGUAUCCAUUAUGAGUUGGAGUACACGGAGGGCAUCAGCCAGCGGAUGCGCAUCCCGGAGAUCCUCAAGGUUGCCCCGGAAAACCAAAGUGGUUCUCUGCCACUGCAGCAAUUCCUGCACACCCAUCCAACUCUGAUGCAGGUUCCUGACAGAAUUGUCGUAGCAGGUGAUGAUGGGGAUCCUCAGUUCUCUUGUCCUAGAGACUUGGAUUUGAUUCAGUCCAUUCCUGCCAUGGAGCUCCUGGACAUGAAAGCUCCACCACGUGUUCUCACGCUGUCAGAACAGCCACUGGACUCCUUGGAAACGGAUCAAAUAAACAAGAGCAACCCCAGUCAAGCAGUUCAUUCUCGAUCACGAAAGGAACGCAGUGCCAGUGAAUUUAUAUCUGCUCGCCAUAGCAGUCAGAUUAUCAGAGGUGACGUAAGUGUAACACCCUCACCUUCUGCCCCCCUAGUCCGCAUGUGUCCCCCUCUGUGCUCCCCCGAGGACGCAAAUGUUAACUUAUUCACAGCGGCAGGCUUCCUGGCUUACAUCCAGUCCACUACACGCCGGGCCUACCAACAGGUCCUUGAACUCCUAGACGACAGCCACCGCAGGACACACCUUGACCUUGCCUUGGAUAUGAACCCUGAUGAGUCAGGUUUAAUAGAUGCCUCCUCGUUGCGCCGACAAAUUGUGAAGCUAAAUCGGCGUCUACAAAUGCUGGAGGAAGAAAACAAGGAACGCUCCAAGCGAGAGGUGGUCCUAUAUUCUGCCACUGUUGCAUUCUGGCUGAUCAACACCUGGGUUUGGUUCCGCCGCUAAAAAAAAAAAAAAAGAUGAGACCGUCACCCAAAACUAAUGGAGCCAAAGUGAUAUCUUAUUAAUGUUAAUUUAGAGAUUCACUUUAAACCUCUAAAGGCUACCACAGAAAUCAACUGCAUUCCAUCCCACACUUUAUGGGAAAUUCUUGGAAUUCACAUUUCACAAUGUGCGUCCAACACCAGCGCUGCUUUUGCUUUGUGUUUUCAGGUUAAUAUUAUUUUUUCAAGUGGGGAAAGUGUGAUUAUGCUGCAUGCAUUCAAGUAGAAAUAUUUGGAUCUCUGUUGCCCAGUGAUACAUGUGCAGUCGUUUUACCAUACGUGUUACUUUUUCUUUGCAAGUCAUUUACACUGUUCAGUCCAAAAAAAAACUAUAUUUGUUGCCAAAAAUAGAAAACGAGGUAAGAUUUUACUUUGGCAACAGAUGCUUUGGGAACCCAGACCAGAGGUGGAAGUACAGUAAAUAAAUACUCUUAAAGUGUCAAAGUAAGCAUGGGGAGGGGGUAAUAUCAUGCUAAAAUAAGGAUGCCAUAAGAUGUACCGUAAUUUUCGGACUAUAAGUCGCACCGGAGUAUAAGUCGCACAUAAAAUGCCCAAAAAAGUGAAAAAAAACAUAUAUAUGUAUAUGUCGCUCCUGAGUAUAAGUCGCCCCCCCCACCCAAACUAUGAAAAAAAACCCGCGACUUAUAGUCAGAAAAGUACGGUAUGUUGAAUGUUCGGUGAGUUCUGUUUUACCCAAACAUCCAUGUACAGUAGUGAAAUUGUUAAAUGCUUGUAAAUGAUGAGGUAAUUACUUUUUGUUUAAUGUUUUUGGUAAUUACAUGACCAGUUCAUGGGUACAAUGUAUGUAUGCAUUCUCUUGAGUUGUUGAAACUUGUGUUCAAAACCUUUUUCCCCACAAUAUAAAUAGAUGCGACCUUUUUUUUUUUUCUUCCCAAAUAGACUAGUCAUAGAGCUGUUGUUUCUGUAAUGGUGUGUUUCUGGAUGUUUAUGGAAAAUCUAGGUAUCAAUGUAUUUAAUUGUAUUUAUUGCAGAUCUAUUAAUAUUGAGGCUAUUUUUUCUGUGUAUCAUAGAUGUUUUUUUAAACCUCAAUACUUUCAUUGUUAAAUUAUUUUUGCUUUAAUAAAUUGAUGUAAUUAUCAUUUAA